CAGAGUACGUGGUAGUUGGGAUUGGACUAUUGGAAAAGACGGACGGGUAUCAGAAAAGUUUUGGCUAAAGAUAUAAACUGUGUCCCCUGUUGUAGAUCGGGAUUUGUGAAACUUUUUAUCUGUCUUUUCCGCCGGUGAAUUCAGUGUUUGUGACUUUGUGGAAUUAUUGAAAUUUGUACUGUUGACAAUUGGAAUUCUUUUAAAACUUUAGCAAAUUAUUGUGGCAGAUAAAGAAGCAAUAAAGGAAAACGUCGAAAUCCAUGCUUAGUGCCCUUGAGUGUAGAAGUUGGAUCGAACGUAACUUCUGUGGCACUACACAGUGUGGUAACGUUAUCAUGUGUGGCCAUGUCAUACCCGAGGGCGACCGUCAGCUGGUCGCGGCCCAAUGUGCCCCUCAUUCAAGGGGACGAGAGAUUCACUUAUAAGGCGGAUGUCUUAGAUCAUGUACGUGUGCUGGCCACAAUUACAAUCAGUGCCCUACGCAGGCAGGACAACGGUACCUACACCUGCUCUGCUAAAAACGAUAGAGACAUGUUGAUGGCACAGCAGGAUGUCGUAGUUUUAGAGCCAGCUGAGAUAUCUGUGGAUUCAGUUGAAGCUCUGGAUUCAAGGACCGCUUUACUCCGCUGGAGCUUAGAAUACAAAGGAAAUUUACCAAUAAAACGUUACCACUUGCAGAUGAAAAACUAUAGCACCGGAGGAGCUGAUUGGUUGGAUAUGGACGAUAAAAUUCCUUCAAAUGCUACCAGCUAUACCGUAAGAUAUUUAGCACCAGCAGUAACUUAUGGUUUUCAACUGGCAGCAGUGAAUGAAGCCGGACAUAGCAACUGGGAAGCAAAGAAUCUCACUAUGCCAGCUGAUGUUCCACCAAAGAUUACAUGGGUACAGAUGAUGGCAUCGACGAACGAAACGCUCCUCUUUGGUUGGCGUCGGCCCAGCCAUGACAAUGGUGCAGAAAUAACUAACUACAUAGUCCAAUUGAGCCAACAUGAAAAAGUAGUCGCCAAUGAGACUUUGAAUGUUGCUGCACCCUCCGAGAGACAGAAUUACAUUUUUAUAUUUGUAGGAUUAGAACCUGGAGAAUGUUACGCCUUUCAGGUUCAAGCUUGCAGCCAAAUUGGAUGCGGUAGUUGGUCAGAGGAAUUGGAUGCAACCACCUCAGACGGAAUGGCUGACCCUCCUGAAAAUGUGCAGAUGAGAUGUUAUCACGACAACACGCAGAACCUCAAUUACGUUGUGAUCACGUGGGACGUGCCUAAGAAUGUGAGAGGAAGCGUACAGGCAUACAAUGUAACGCUGCAAGGGGAUGCUUUGUAUAGGAAUGGUAGUGGUCACUUAGUGCGGGACAAUUUCCGAGAAUUCACUGAAGUUCACAAAGAAAACUUAGUCUUCAAAAGCACCGUCCGACCGAACACGAAUUAUUCAGUGAAAAUCUGCACCAUCAAUAAAGCUGGCUGUGGACACAGCAGCAACCCCAAUGACAAAGCAAAGUGCAACUCUCCUCCUUCAGUUCCUUCCUGGAUGCCAAAUUUUGAGCUCAGUACUAUAGACGGCAUCGAUAAGUGCCGACAAUUGAAACUUCAUCUCCAUAGGAUAUCUGAAAGAAAUGGUUUCAUAAGGUGUUAUAAGGUUAUUCUAAUAAAAUUAGCAAAAGGAGAUAAUCUCUCGUCCUUACCUAAAAACCCAGUGGAAAAUAACCUCACGUCUUACGAGGAUGUGCACCAGAGCGGUGCGGUAAGAGGAGCUUAUUUGGCCGAAGCAUUUGACCAUGAAAAUUUUGCCAGUGAGGUGGUGUUGGGAGACGAAGAAUUUAGCCUAUGUGACCCACGGUCAGAACCACCUUUUCGCGUCAGGAGAUCCAGCCAAGAAGAGGUCGAGGAGGAGGAGCGAACCCUGAGGAUCUACGAUGGAUCCCUGGAUCCAGAUACCAACUACUCAGGUUAUGUUGAAGUUCAAGUUUGGGGUCCUGACGGGCAGAUUCUAGCGAAGCAGAGCGAAUAUUUUAAACCUGCGCAGACUAGUAAGUGCUCCCUAUCGUCGUCGGGGUCGAGUGCGGGUACGGCUCCUCCUGUUCGACCCACUGACAGCCCCAUGACAUUCCUAUUUGGCGUUAUUUGUGGAACAAUCCUCGUCGUCAUUGUUCUCAUACUCGUCAUAUGUCUCAUUAGGCGUCGUAACAGUUGCCCGUAUGACGGUGAGGAAGGUGAACACCUGGGACUGACAGCUCUUCUGAGAAGGACUGUUCACCGCAGCACCCAUCUGCCAAGAGGUAGUCAUUUGUCCAAGCUUCCAUAUUUCGGACCAAUCGCUGCUGAAGAGCUUCCUGCUGCUUAUGCAGAAAAGCAUUUAGAUACAGAUCUUCUUUUCCGGACCGAGUUUGAGGCUCUACCGGAUAUUUUUAGAGAUAGAACAACUACAGCCUCUGAUAGUUGUGAGAAUGCUUGCAAGAAUAGGUAUCACGAAAUUAAAGCAUUUGAUCAAACGAGAAUUCGAUUAUCAUCGGAUUUGGAUAUUCCAGGAUCCGAUUACAUCAACGCCAAUUUCGUCGAGGGUUACCGUGAAAAGAAACUGUACAUAUGCGCUCAAGCACCUUUGAAACAUACCAUUUGUGAUUUUUGGCGAAUGAUUUGGCAGCAAGGUGUAUCCGUGAUUGUUAUGCUGACCGGCCUAGAAGAAAAUGGCGAUGAAAAAUGUGCUCAGUAUUGGUCUGACGGGAAAAGUUUAGAAGUUGGUUAUUUCAGUGUGACGCUUAUCAGUUUCAAGAAGUGUUCCGAUUACAUUCUUAGAACUUUACUCCUAAAGUGUUCCAAAAACCAAGAAGUGUGCCAACGAGAGAUUUUACACUUCCAUUUUUUAAUGUGGAGUGAUUUUCUGAGUCCCGGUCAACCAUCUUGGCUUCUCAGGUUUAUAAAAAGAGUGAACGAGCAUUACUCAUCAGAUAGGGGCCCUCUUCUAGUUCACUGUAGCGAGGGCGUUGGUCGAACCGGAACGUACGUAGCAAUCGACUCCUUGCGCCAACAGCUGGACGACGAAGGCAUCGUAGACAUAUUCUCAUUCACCUCCAAUCUUAGGUACCACAGGAAUCAUCUCAUCAGAACUCUGGAGGAGUACAUGUUUGUGUAUCGGGCUCUUAUGGAGCAUGCGCAGUUUGGAGAUACAGAGCUGGAGCUACACCACCUCAGGGACCAUUACGAAUUGCUGAAAGGAAAAGUCAGGGAUAACUGUAGAACGGGACUCGAGGUUGAGUUCGAGAAAUUAAAUGAUGUGUUUGAAGAGCCCAAGACAUAUUGCGUUGGUGCAUGGGAAAUCAAUAGAUGCAAAAACAGAUAUGAAUGUAUCAUACCAUAUGAUAUGAAUCGAGUAAUUUUAUUGCCUUCCAUUGCUGAUCAGUCGUCCUAUAUCAAUGCUUCUCAUAUUCAGGGUUACUACCGUUCUCUUUCAUUCAUCAUCACCCAAGAUCCUCUGCCGCAGACCAUCUGUGACUUUUGGAGAAUGGUGAAGGAGCAACACAUCACCACUCUCGUCAUGCUCUCAGAGGUGGGACCAGACUUGAACAAGUGUCCGCAGUAUUGGCCAGACGAGUGCCACGAAGAGAUUUACGAGACAGUUCGGGUGAAACUGAAAAGCUCAAGCCAAACAUCUCACUACAUUCUUAGACAAUUCAUUGUAACUGACGUAGAGGACGAGCAGAAGCAUUUAAUGAGUCAGUUCCAGCUCAUCAACUGGUCGUCCUGUGGUUCUGGAGUACCAGAAAACUUAUCCUCUCUCAUUGUUGCCAUAGAACAUGUCCAACAGCAUCAUAACAGUCAAAUAUCAACUGGGCCCAUCACUGUACAUUGCAGUGGAGGAGGCGAUAGGAGCGGCAUCUAUGUGGCCCUCAGCGACCUAAUAGAACAAGCACGAUGUGAUGAAAGGGCAGAUGUUUUUCAAACAACAAAGUACGCAAGAGCUCAACGACAUUGCCUACUACAGACUUUGGAGCAAUACGACUUCCUGUACCGUGGACUUAUCCAUUAUGUAGAAAGGUACAAUUUAUGUAAUUUAGGUGACACGCCAUUAUGAUGUCAGAUGGAAUCUAGCCAUCCUAAUAAAUCCUUGGAAACAUUAACUGCUACUUUCACUGCCAGUUUCUACGACAAGGUAUUGCCACUCGUGUGAAAAACUCUGUGACGUACCAAACGACUUUUCACAUUUUUUUAGAAGAGCUUGUCACUCAACAUCUCUUGAUUAUUUUCAUCAGCAAAGGAUACAAAUUAUAUUCACGGUGUGAAGAGAAGAAACUAAAUGAUCUUAGUAAUUUUUUUUAUCACUCAAACUAUAUUUACUUCCGAAUAGUUUACGUUGAUCGUAAAGUACUGAAGUGUUACGGGAUGAGUAUUCUAAGCAAUCGUUUUAUUGAAAAUAUAAUGUAGUUUAUUUGUGAUGUGAUUUACCAAAAAUGUUUUAUUUGUGCAAUUUUUAGAGCAGCAGAUUCGCUUGAUGAACCACAGUAUUUUAAAACUUGUCAUUUGAUGUAAUUUUUAAAUUUGGUUGAAUGUUGCAAAAACAAUGCUUUAUGAAAAUUGUUAUGUAAUUCUAAAAGUUUUGAGAAUGUUAAGAACUUCUUAUAAAUUCUAUGUUGUUUAUAAAAUCCUCUCAUUUUUCAAGAUGAAAAAUAAAUUUUGCCUGUGAAACAAUUAAAGAAAAUAUAAUUUGGUAACAUAUCAAUAAUCGAAUUAUGAAAAACGUAACAUAAACAUAGAAUUAAUGUCCCAACCUAUGUCCAAACAUGCUGGUUUCUAUUCAAAACCAAACACAAAUUGUAAUAAUUUAUCAUUAUUUCUGUCUACAAAACUAACUAAAAACCUCAUGAAACUGUUGUACUUAUCGUUAAUAAUUGCAAAUACUCAGUGUUUUAUCAGAGACUUCUGAUUAAUGAUUUUUUUUAUAUUUUUAAAUACAUAAAUUUAUGCUAUUCUACUGCAAUUAUGAAUGUGAUAUAAUUUGCAUGCACAUAUAUUUCAUUUUAUAAAAUUGGUA